GAGAAGCGAAUGUUAUCGAUGCCACGGAACGAGGAAGCUUGGUCAGCUCGUGGACGCCGACUUCUGGCAUUGGCAAAGAGGCAUCGAAGGCCCACUUGGAGAGAGCAAGACUGGCAGGCCCAUGCUUUUGCUCGCCUGAAUCUGACCUCCAUCUUUGUUUGCUGCAUGGACAACAUCGAGCGGGUCAACGUUCAUGAUGAGAAGUACACAGAUUUUGGGCAGCGGUACCAGAAAGGAUCUAUUCCAGUUCUGAUUUCUGGGGCCAUGAGCAGGUGGCCUGCCAUGGAGUAUUGGAAGCUGGAGACCUUUGCGGCAGACUUUGGCCAUCAAAAGAUCAUUUGCGAUCAUAGGUUUGGUAUUCGCAUGCGCUUUGACGACUUCAGAAACUACAUGGAGCAUCAGGAGGAUGACACGCCGCUGUACCUUUUCGAUCAUGCCUUUGGCGAGUAUCCGUCGACGAGACUCUUGGUGGAUCAGUACAAGGUCCCUGACGCGUUCCGGGAUGACCUUCUUGCAGACCUUG